UUUUUUUUGGCAAUAAUGUCUCACGGUUACGUUUCAUCACAGUUAAAGAGUGAUUCGGCGAUUUGUGUUUGGGAAGAAAAGUUUCACAAAUUCGGUGGUUCUGCCUUGUAACUCGAAAGAAGAAUGAGUAUAUUCAGUUACAAUGGAGGUUUAGUCAUUGCCAUGACUGGCAAGAACUGUGUUGCUAUUGCAGCUGACAGAAGGCUUGGUGUCAGAGCUCAAACUGUUGCUAUGGAUUUUCAAAAGAUCUAUGAAAUGGGACCAAGGUUAUUCAUGGGGCUGCCUGGAUUAGCCACAGAUGCUGCAACUGUAUCUCAAAAGCUAAAAUUUCGACUGAAUAUGUAUGAACUUAGAGAAGGGAGAGAGAUGACACCUAAAACAUUUGCUUCUGUUGUGUCAAAUAUGCUCUAUGAACAAAGGUUUGGACCUUUUUUUGUGGAACCCGUGAUAGCUGGCUUGCACCCAAUCACUUAUGAACCUUAUAUCUCUGCCAUGGAUGUCAUUGGGUGCAUAAAUAUGACAGAAGAUUUUGUUGUUGCUGGUACAGCUACUGAACAAGCUCAGGGAAUGUGUGAAGCAUUGUGGGAACCUGAUAUGGAACCGGAAGAUCUUUUUGAAAAAAUAUCUCAAGCUUUAGUAAAUGCUUUUGAUAGGGAUGCUAUUUCUGGCUGGGGAGGUAUAGUACAUGUAAUUGAAAAAGACAAAAUAACAACUAAGAUUUUAAAAACGAGGAUGGAUUAAGCAAGUUAUGUUAUUUUCUGCAUUCAAAAGUGUUGAAGAAAAAUGUCUGUUUUCAGAAUGUACAAAGUAUCAUUAAACCUUUUUUUAUAAA